AUGAAACUGGCAGAGGAGAAGUUCCAGUACAAAUCCCAUUUCUUCAAAUUGGGACAGGGCAGAAUUGUGCCUCAUGACGAUGCCCGUUUUUGGAAUGUCCUCAUCGACACACCUACUGAGGCAAGCCAUACCUUUGACUUGCUUACGGCAUCUGAUAUCCACAAUGUGAGAGACCAGAAUCUUCCAAACUUCUUGGUAUUCAUCAGACUCCUUGCUGGGAAUAUAGUGAAGUUACGGGAGGACCCGGGCCAGCGGCUUGUCAAUUGCAUUCGCCUUUUGACGAAGCUUCUUCCAUUCUUAUAUGAGCUUCCCAAUUACUCAUCGAACAUAGAGCUAGAGUUGUUCUGGAACCAAGACUUCCAUCCUGAUAAGUUCUGUGAGAAUCUGGUUCCACUCACAUUGUUACUCCGGCGGAAUUCAGUACCUUCACCGGACGGUGCAGCUGUUCUUGCAGUGGAUUUGGUACAAUCGCUUGUGAAGCUAUUAUUCGUCAAGGACUUCACGAUAGAGGAUGAUCUGGGCUUUUGGGAGCCCGGAAUAGGUUACCUGGCGCCUUAUAAACAGCCAGAUCCCCGACUCGAUGUCAACAGAAUCGAUAUCCUACGCCUUUUGUUGGUUUUGACGUCUUCGCUGUACUACCUUCUGCUGAAAGACGUCACGACACAAGGCUCUCGAUUCUUGACAACCUUGGUCUCAACAUUGCCCAAAGUAUAUCUUGUUCAUUUCCUGUGCAGCCUUGUGAACAUCGUUUGCCGGGCUGCUAGAGUGUCAAACCAGGACAAUGGCUUAAGCUUAUCGAACAUCACGCUCACCGAACUGCGAUACGCUUGCACCAACUAUGCUUUUCAGCUUCUUGUUGAAGCCGUGGUGUAUCCCUUACCAUCUUCUACUCAUAAUGAGUAUUUACGUGAUUAUGGGGUGAUUUCCAAAAAGCCGACAAACGCAAUACGGUUAUUUUUUGGAAAGCUUUCCAAGGAGUCAGAGGUCAAGUUUCUUGCUACACAUUUACUAAACUACUUGAGAUUUCCCAUCUACUCUUUAAAAGAUGAAGCCAAAAGACGCUUUUUUAAGUUUGGUCAACCAUCUUUAUGGGCACUCGAAAGCACGACAAUACUUUGGGAGCUACUCCAGUGCAAUAAAACCUUUGCUGAUAGUCUAGGCCCGAGGUUCAUCCCAAAAUUAACACCAUAUCUUGUUUAUCACAUCUUUGCAUUUUAUGAUUUGCCUCAGCAUUUCAGUUUGGUCAAAAUCAUGUCACACUUUUUGCUUUACAUCUCUUCCCUGGAGGAACGAGUGCGGACCUUGGUGAAUAGUGAACCAUCGAUAGAUGGAUUUCCGCCGGAGGUCAAGGUAAACGGAGUUGGCACUACUAGAGAUUUUGCUGUCAUAAACAUUUGUCAAGUUUUGGGCAAGCUUGCAUCAAACAAUCACACUCAAGAAUCCAAGCUUCAUUCGUUCUUGCGCCCUACCCUAAUAGAAAUUCUUUACAAUUUGAUUCCCACAGUCAAUGAGGAAGUCAAAGCUACAGACAUAUCAUCUAAAUCCAUGCUGAACGUGAACCCCAUGGGCGGCCUUUCUUACAAGGCAUCCACCGCUGUUGCACUGAUUAUCUUGAAGUAUUCAGAUAGGAACUUCUUACUCGAAGAUUCAAGCAAUCCUUCCAUGUUGGCACUCUUGGUACGUGCAUUAUGUGCGUCUGCGACCAAGAAUCCAUCGGCUUCCAGAAUGACACUCUUCACUUUUCUCAAACAUGAAAAAGCAUUUGAUCACGUCUGGAAUGUGAUUUAUGGUUUGAAAAACGAGAAAAUAGAACAUGAUCCUCUUGAGGACGUCAAUGAAGAGGAAGAAGAUGCAACCAGUGUUAGCUCAGAUGUGAACACGAACGGUUCCACUAUAAGACCCAAUACACCUUCAACGCCUGCAAGGGCUGCAAACUCAGGAGCCUUUUCUCCAAUCCCGAACAACUUUACACCGGCUCAGGACCCUCGCUCGCCAUACACUGUCUCCUCAAAUGCCACUUCUAUUGACGAUGGCUUUAUUGAAUCCACGAAUAAUUCACGGAGCAGUCUCCAUGAAAUUGACCCCCUUGCAGCUCUCAUGGAGGAGGAAAAGUCACUCGCUGCUGCAUUGAGGCCAAACCCACCCACGGGAAUGUCGCAGAAAUUUAAAGACAAGCUCCCUCUUGAAGCACCAUUGAGUCGAUCAUGGGGAGGGAACGAUGCUCUCAGAAUCAUCAUCACAAUUCUUAUUCCAAACUUGAAAACAGCUUUGAAGGAAGUGUGGUCAAAGCGGGAUGAGUGCAAUUUUGAUAAUUUCUUUAUUGUCAAACAAAUUGAGAACUCCAACUUCGAGGACAUCAUUGAACUGAAUAGAAAGGAUAUCAACCACGACUUUCUUCCCGACACGCCGAUCGACAAGCUUUCCUUCAGUUGGAAUCACAAGGCACUUGGAUGGUAUUUGUCGAUAAUCAAUAGCAACAACUACAAAGCGGCAGACAACAUCAAGUUAUUCGUGGGAACAAACAACACGUUGAUGAAGAACAUCUCAUCUUCCAUUGCGCUGCUUGGAAAGAUUGCGUCCAGCUGGUCUGGCUUAUCGUGGAACAACGCAAAAGACGAUCCCCAGGAGGAGGAAUUGACGAGAUUUGUUGAAAGCAAUACGAGUGGCAUAAACCCAUGGGCUCACACGAAUGUUAGGCUUUUCAAAGUCGACGACGAAAACGACAGAGUUUACAACCCCUUUGGGCUCAAAUACGGCUCGAACAGCAACAACAGCGUCUCUGAUCUUACCAACUCACUCGUGAAAAAACUUGGGGAUUUCAGAAACAGCAGCAGAGGCAGCGUUGUGAGCAUUUCGUCUAUCCCUCAAGAGGAUUCCGAACGUCCCAAGCUCCACACUAGAAAUUCAGACGAGAUCAAACACCCCGAGAAAUUCAAUUAG